AUGGCGACUCGAAGCUUAACAGAAGUUUUUAUUUUGAUGAGAAAUAAUGCACUGCAAAGUCGUAAUAUAUUCUCAGACCAAAUAUCCGACGACAGAAUGGGUUUGAUGUCAAAUGUCAAUCUAGAUCUAGAGGCGGGUACAGUUAACACACGAUCAAACAGACUGCCACCAGAAUGGGUUGACGGUGUGGAAGAAAUCCAGUAUGAAAUGACGAGAAUCAAAUUAAAAAUGAAGGAACUUGCUGCUUUACAUGACAAACAUUUAACACGUCCAGCAUUUGAUGACAGUAUUGAUGAGGAACAUGCUAUAGAAAUACAGACACAAGAAAUUACACAAAUGUUUUCUCACUGUCAAAGACUAAUACAGCAGAUAACAGCUCGGAGCAGACGAGGAACAGAUCAGGAACUGCUACUCUCGCAGAACAUGGUUAUGUCCCUUGUUAGGUCUAUACAGGAAAUGUCAAAUAAUUUUAGAAAAAGUCAGUCUACAUACUUAAAAAAAUUACGGAGUCGGGAAGAAAGAUCUCAGUUUUUUGACGCAAAUAUAGGUCCAGAUUCUGGAGCACUUCAAGAAGAUGACAUGUAUGCAAGUUAUGAUAGAGGCUUUUCCUCCGAACAGAUGCAGUUAGUGGAAAACAAUACAGAGGUAGUGAAUCAAAGAGACAAAGAGAUUGCCCACAUUGUACGUUCUAUACAAGAUCUGAAUGAAAUAUUCAAGGAUCUUUCACAGAUGGUUGUUGAUCAGGGAACAAUACUGGACAGAAUAGACUAUAAUAUAGAACAUGCCUCAGUACAGGUAGAAAAAGGACUGCAACAGCUACAAAAAGCUGAAAAAUACCAAAAGAAAAAUAGGAAAAUGCAUAUAAUUUUAAUUUUAGCAUUAUUGAUUAUAAUUCUUAUAAUAAUACUUAUAGCUACAAAAAGCUAG